AUGCUCCCGACACCGUCUACUUCGCAUGCGUCCUUCGACAAUGUAUACGAGCCGGCCGAGGACUCGUUCCUGCUCCUCGACACGCUAUCGGCCAGCUCCGAAACAAACUUCUUGCGUGAAAGAUUCGGACAGCCUUCAUCGGCUACUGAGGGCACUGUAGAUUCACCUCAGGGCGCUCCGCUGAUCGUAGAAGUUGGCGCAGGAUCCGGCGUAGUCCUUGCAUUCGUCAACGCGCAUGCCGAUGUCCUUUUCGGCCAUCGGCAUAUACUGACUCUCGGCACUGAUAUCAACAGCUUUGCAUGUAGAGCCACAAGAACGACCGCCGAGAAAGCGAGCGCCGAAGCUCCAGAUGGCCAUGGCAACUUUCUCGAUGCUGUCAACAUGGAUUUGACCGCUGCUAUCAGGCCCGGCACAGUAGACGUCCUGGUCUUCAAUCCGCCGUAUGUACCAACCGCCGAGCUGCCUAAUCUCUCCCAGCAUCUCCAAUACAAUACGUACAACCCGGUCACCGGCAACUCCUUCGAACAAGACUCGCAUCUACUCGCUUUGUCAUAUGCAGGAGGUGUGGAAGGCAUGGAGACUACGAACAGGCUCAUUGAGCAGUUGCCGGAGGUACUGCAUCCGGAGAGGGGCGUCGCGUAUCUACUACUGUGUGCCCAGAAUAAGCCAGAGAAGGUCAAAGAACACAUUCGCGGCUUGGGUGCUGGCUGGUUGGUUGAGACGGUUGGGUCUAGUGGGAAGCAGGGAGGGUGGGAGAAGCUGCAGAUACUGAGGAUCUGGCGCGCAGGUAGCCCUCGGGCUCUUUGA